AUGAMAGGAGGCAAGUUCUCUAGAGGUCUGCCUGGAGCUCGGCUGAAGCGAGGCUGUGUCUCUGGAGCUCGUUGGGACGCUGGCUCAGGAGACGUGGACACUGGCUCUGGCUCAGGAGACGUGGACGCUGGCUCUGGCUCAGGAGACUGGACUCGACCCGGGGACUUUACAGUCCCACCCGGGGACUCAGGAGACUGGAUCUCUAUUCUGAGUAGUCAAACUCAGGAUACAGGACCAGACGAAGGCGAUGACGAAGAUGAUGCAGGACCAGACGAAGGCGAUGACAAAGAUGAUGCAGGACCAGACGAAGGCAAUGUUGGUGAUGACAAAGAUGAUGCAAGACCAGACGAAGGCAAUGUUGGCGAUGACAAAGAUGAUGCAAGACCAGACGAAGGCAAUGUUGGUGAUGAUAAAGAUGAUGCAAGACCAGACGAAGGCAAUGUUGGUGAUGACAAAGAUGAUGCAGGACCAGACGAAGGCGAUGACAAAGAUGAUGCAGGACCAGACGAAGGCGAUGACAAAGAUGAUGCAGGACCAGACGAAGGCAAUGUUGGUGAUAACAAAGAUGAUGCAAGACCAGACGAAGGCAAUGUUGGUGAUGACAAAGAUGAUGCAAGACCAGACGAAGGCAAUGUUGGUGAUGACGAAGAUGAUGCAGGACCAGACGACGGCGAUGAUGGUGAUGACGAAGAUGAUGCAGGACCAGACGAAGGCGAUGACAAAGAUGAUGCAGGACCAGACGAAGGCGAUGACAAAGAAGAUGCAGGACCAGACGAAGGCGAUGAUGAUGAAGAUGAUGCAGGACCAAAAGAAGGCAAUGAUGGUGAUGAUGAAGAUGAUGCAGGAAAAGACGCUGUAGCAACAGAGCUGGGUCUCUCAGAUGCUACAGCUUCCUCCCCUCUAGGGGUUCUAACAAACCCCGAUAAGCUGAUGAAGCAGGGAGGUGGGGCAGUUGAAACCUGCCCUGAGGCCGCAGCCGAUUUCCUCCUCCGAUGGCGGCGAGAUGAGGCUGAGGGAGCAGAGGAUGUGGCCCCCUUCCAGGGGGCGCAGGGGGCAGAGGGCCCCGUGGAGCAGGAACGCUCUGACUCAGCAGUAGAUGGUGUGGCUGACAUGGAGGUGUUGGAGGCAGGAGAGAGGGACCACCCGAGCAUCAACAAAGACCCGCUGAUCAACGGGUGCGACACCUCAAGUUCCUCCGGUGGCAAAACUGGAACCGACUCCUCCACACUUGGAGCGGUGAAGGUGGCGAUGACCCUGCCUGCUGGGUCCUUGGAUGGUCCGUUCAUUCUGUCAGAGCUUAAUGGAAGGAUGGACCCAAAUGCAGGCAGAUGUUACCCGUUUGGUCAAAGUUAA